CGGGGCGGAGCUGCAAGCCCGCUGUCACUCUCUCAGUAUUCCAUAGUAGAUUCACAGUAUAUCUUCAGGCUAUUAGCAAGCAAAUGAACUGUAAGGUAGAAGAUCCCGACGAAUACGAGAGAACGAAAAUCAGUCCUCGGCUUUUGCAGAAGUAAAUGCGGCAUAAUGGAAUACUUUUCCCUGGGUGUCUGAACCUUCUCUGUUGUCAAACUGGGGACUUUGUUCUUCUUUGAUCAUAUCUGAUUGUUAUUGAAAUGGAUAGUAUAACCUACACUGGCUUUGAACCUUGGCUUUACAUUCGCGGAUGAAAUCUUGCAUCUAUUUGCCACUUGAAUAACACCAACGAGGUGUCGCGUUGCCUAUUCACAAGGCUGCUCUCUAUGUAUCCUAUCGGCUAACCUCUUCUUGGGAACACUUGCUCUUGGGUCGGAACUAUGAUGUGGACUUUGUUUGCUGUUUUUACCUGUACUGGACUAUCUGGUAUUCUUGCAGAUGUGGGUCGUGUAGGGGGGGUAGCCCCUCACUGUGAGAGCCAGGCGUGUAACCCCCGAAUGGGCAAUCUGGUGCUAGGUCGCAGGGUCCUGACCCAGACCGUAUGUGGCUACAAGGGCCCAGAGCCCUACUGCUCCUACUCGGACCCCUCCUCCUCCACAGUGCCCUGCCCCCCGGCCAGGUGUGGGGAGUGCAACGGGGCCCUCCCCCUGCAGGCCCACCUGGCUGCAGCCAUGGCCGACUCCUCCUUCCGCCACCCCAACACCUGGUGGCAGUCAUCCGGGGAAGUGGAGUCUGAGACUCUGCAGCUGGAUCUGGAGGCAGAAUUCAUCUUCACCCACCUGAUCAUGGUGUUCCGCUCGCCCCGCCCUACUGCCAUGACCCUGGAGCGCUCGCAGGACUUCGGGCAGACCUGGAAGAUAUUGCAGUACUACGCCAGGAACUGUAGUGCCACCUUUGGACUGGAGGAGGGAAAGGCAGUGCUGGACGGGGCCCCCUGCACCUCCAAAUACUCUGGAGCUUACCCCUGUACCAGGGGAGAGGUGAGGAGGGCCAAAGAUCCACCGUUGGAGCCCCGCCCACCCACAUUCGCCAUUUAUGACCUCAUCGUUAAGGGCAGCUGCUUCUGCCAACGGGCACGCCGCAGUGUGUCCCCGCGCCAAGUUACCGCCCUUCAGGAUGAACAACCACGUGAUCAUUAG